AGUCAAAAAAAAAAGUCUUACCCACCAUUAGAUGAGUUAGAUUGGGAAGAUCUUGAGAUGUUGGAAGGUUUGAAAAGAGAGCUUACACCGUGGCAAGCAACAUAUCUUGAUGAGCUUCAUGAGCGAAGGAAUAUUGAAGAGUACGAGCGUCAACUCAUAGAAGCCCGAGAAGCGAUAGUAAUCGAUGCUCAUGACUAUGAAGAUGAAGGGGAGCUAAAUUUUCUGAUCCUUGAGGACAAGGAAAGUCUCGAAGAGGAGGGGAAUGGUACGGAAGUGGUCAUCAACCCACGCGAGUCGGAGGAUGAAGGUGGCGAUGGUCUCGAUAUUUGGCUAGAAAAUAUGUUGGAGGAGCCAUCUAGUCCUAUUUACCGGCCAUCAUAUGUGAGGGAUUGGCCAAAAGGAUGUGGUCCACGAGCUAAACUUAAGCCUAGGAUACGCAAGACCAAGAGAACUCGAAGGAAAGGCAAGGCAAAGGCUAAAGAAGAGAAGUGUUGGUGUAAGCCUUGUUCGAGGAAAAGGCGAGUCCGCAAGAUGGAGGCUCGAAGGCAAGGUAAGAGUAGAAUGGAGGAUGGUUGGAUUUGGAGAGCUGGUGAUUGCAUUGGGUUGGAUGGAUGGGACCAAUGGCCAUCGGGCGAGCCAACGGGGGCGAGCGACAAAGGGGUCGAGGAAGAUCGGCUAUCGGGCGUAUGGCGCGCAUCGUACCUUGAUGCGCGCGAAUGGUCGAGUGAUCGAGCACGGGAUGCGACGGGCGCAAUGGGGCGCGGAGUAGGUGAUCAAGCCACGGAGGUUGACUGGGACGCGUUGGCGUUUGGUGGCAAAGUGACGGGAAACACGGGGUGCGCGAAGGGAGCACACGCGGACGAAGGCCUAGGCCUUGGGGGCCUAAGAAAGACGGCAGCGCACGCGUGCGGAGAAGCCGAUAAUGGUGCGGGGCUCGCGGGCAGCAGCGA